AUGAAUAUUCAUCGCCGUCACCCCUCCCCCCACCCGCCCGCCGCUGUCAUUGAGGACUGGGCCCGGGCACGCGAGGCCUCUUCCGUCCUCCGAGGGCCUGUGCAGUGGAAAGAGAGAGACACAAGCAAGAAGGUGACCAUGGUGCACCUAGGCUUGGCGCUGUGCCGUCGCUAUGCGAGCGGUCACAUCGUUAUUCGCAUGGCGCUGGGCGGCUGUACUAAUCGCCCGGUUUACAACAUCGUCACGAUGUUCAACAAGCGUGCCCGUGAUGCACCCUACCUGGAGCAGGUCGGCACGUACGACCCUAUGCCCAACGCGUGGGGCCAGCGCCUCGUGGGGGUGAACCUGGAGCGCAUCUCCUACUGGCUCGCGUCGGGCGCCCAGCUCUCCACGCCCGUCGCCAAGCUGCUCGGCCUCUCGGGGUACCUGCCUCUGCACCCAAUGACGAUUACGGCGGCCGAGAGGAAGCGGCGGCAGCACGAGAAGCAACAGAGAGCGGAGGCCGAGGCCUCGCGAGUGGAGGAGAAGGCGGAGAGCUAGUGGUCACCAACACACACACUCAUGUACUCGCAUACUCACUCACACACUCACUCACAUACUCGCACACAUACACACUCACGUACUAACGCAAAGACAAAGACACAGAUCCUCUGUAUAGCCUUUACAGACUGUAGUGGCAAGUGCUGUUAGAGAUGACCUAUGAAGGCCGGUACGGUACAUGAGAGGGUGGGAUGGCUAGCACCACACCCGGCCAUCUUUUCUCCCCAACGGCGAUGUUCACAUUGCACCAGGUGUUCAUUUGAGGCUGACGCGACCUUAAGGAGAGGCCCAGGACCAGUUCAGAUAAUCGUCACUGGUGUUGGCCGUGAGCGGGAAUCAGAAUUCGGGUCACCGGCUUUGUAGCACAGCGAGCUAAACAUGACACUACCGCUCCCCACAUAACAACUAAGACAAAGAUCCCCCGUAUAACCUUACACAAUAACACAUACAUACAAUACUCGCAUGCAAACACCGCGCUUAUGCUUACACAUACACUGGCUCACACGUGUACACAAACGCGUACACACGAGCACGCACGCGGACACGCCUAUGCUCACAGUCAUGCAUAGGCCCGCACAUACGCCGAUGCACACAAGCGCAUACGCAUGCACAAACACGCACAGGCAUGAUGUGAAUGUGAAUAUAUGUUAUUUUUCUCAGCCACUCACAAUAAAAAUGCUUCUUUUGGCCGCUUCAGCAAAUUAUUGCAUUAAUAAAUUAAAUACGUUGGGAAGGUGGGGUGGUUGAAAUGAAUCACUCCAGGAAUAUGGGCCUACUUCCAGAUCAAUGUUGCACAAUAGCAUUUAUUGAGGCUAUAUUAGACCGAUUUCUACUUUACAGAGCAUCGUCAGCAAGGCAUGGCCGCCUAAACCAAUGCCAGUGGUUCUGGUGUUUGUGGCAGGAAUUAUUUACGAACACUAAUUCUUUUUUUACUGGUGUCGAGCAUAAAUAUUUUUUGCUGAAUGGGCUCAAAAGCAGAACCCAUCCUCCCAUCUUGCCUAGAAACCACUUCUCUGAGCUCACUUGAAUUGGGCAGAAGAUCUAGGAGGAGAGCUGAGGCCUACUCGUGGUGUGAAACCUAAAUGUGAAAAUAUCUUUUUACAAAAAUAUUUGUAAAUAAAAAGUACCUGUAAAACUAUAACUGGACCUG